CCAGGAAGACCGUUUUUUAUUUUCAAAUGAAAUGUUUUCGCACCUACAGAUCUCGGUGUGACUUUUUUCUGAACGCGGUUGAUCUAACCGUUUCCAUUUCUUGCAGGUCAUCCUUUGUGAUUAAUAUGUUGCCGUGCCCAGCCUGGUCAGAGCGGAAGAGCUUGGGAUAGCGUCGCCCUAAGGGGGAGCACAACGGAAGGGGAGGGACCGCCAAACCCAACGCCAAAGCGUUACAGCGCAACCAUGUCGGUUAUGACGGUGAGGAAGAAAGUGACUAGAAAAUGGGAGAAAUUACCGGGCAAGAACAGCUUCUGCUGCGACGGGCGCGUCAUGAUGGCCAGACAGAAGGGUAUCUUCUACCUGACGCUCAUCCUCAUCAUGGGGACGUGCGCGCUCUUCUUUGCCUUCGAAGAAGAAUGUCCCUGUCGUAUUAGAAAUGUUCAAAUCAACAAUCAGAUAGUCAAGCUGAAAUAUUGCUACACGUGCAAAAUCUUCAGGCCUCCUCGAGCGUCGCACUGCAGUAUAUGUGAUAACUGUGUGGAGCGUUUUGACCAUCAUUGUCCAUGGGUGGGGAACUGCGUUGGAAAGAGGAAUUACCGAUACUUCUACCUCUUCAUCCUGUCCUUGUCCCUUCUGACAAUCUACAUAUUCGCCUUCAACAUCGUCUAUGUCGUCCUCGGUGGGAAGGUUGGGUCUGCCGUGCGCCCAGAUGGGAAGGUUGGGUCUGCCGUGCGCCCAGAUGGGAAGGUUGGGUCUGCCGUGCGCCCAGAUGGGAAGGUUGGGUCUACCGUGCGCCCAGAUGGGAAGGUUGGGUCUACCGUGCGCCCAGAUGGGAAGGUUGGGUCUACCGUGCGUCCAGAUGGGAAGGUUGGGUCUACCGUGCGCCCAGAUGGGAAGGUUGGGUCUACCGUGCGCCCAGAUGGGAAGGUUGGGUCUACCGUGCGCCCAGAUGGGAAGGUUGGGUCUGCCGUGCGCCCAGAUGGGAAGGUUGGGUCUGCCGUGCGCCCAGAUGGGAAGGUUGGGUCUGCCGUGCGCCCAGAUGGGAAGGUUGGGUCGGCCGUGCGCCCAGAUGGGAAGGUUGGGUCUGCCGUGCGCCCAGAUGGGAAGGUUGGGUCUGCCGUGCGCCCAGAUGGGAAGGUUGGGUCUGCCGUGCGCCCAGAUGGGAAGGUUGGGUCUGCCGUGCGCCCAGAUGGGAAGAUUAAAGGGUCUUGGACAGGUAAAAACCGUGUGCAGAACCCGUACAGUUAUGGCAACCUUAUGAAGAACUGCUGCGAAGUGUUGUGUGGUCCUGUUCAGCCCAGUGUGCUGGACCGACGAGGAAUAUUACAGGAGCCUCUAAGUCUUCCAGGGCAGUCGGAAAACGGAGCCCCGCUGCAAGAUUCCGUGGCCGCCGUCCCGCUGAUGCCAACAGAAGCCGAGCAGACCGAGCCUCCCGUGGGACCAACGGAGCCCAACGCCGUCGAAAUGACUGUUCAAAUCCCCAAAGACCCCGAAGGAAGUCCGGACAAAGAAAAGUAGACGCUCCUGAAAGGUUUCCUCUGUGAAAACUGGGUGGGAAAAAAAGUCGCCUGUCGCAUUUUGUUGCAACGACGGUGAAAAAGCGACAGAUUUUUUUUUUUUUUUUUUUAGUAUUUUGCUUGUGUUCAUCAUGGAGGUGAUUUUUUAUUUUUGUCUUGCGAGAUGAAGAAUUUUAUCCUUUAUCGGUAUAGAGAAGAGCGCUCAACGAAAAAUAAGACUAAAGGUGCUAGCCUCGGAAAAAAUAAAAUAAUCUAAUGCCAAUGACUCAACCCUUGGAGAGCGCUACAAAAAAAUACGAGAGGCCAGCCCGGCUGGGCCCCUAGUGUAGUGUCUUGUUUUUUUUUUCUUAGUUUUUUUUUUUUUUUGGUUUUCUUCUGUUCGGGAGCUGGUUCUUCGGACUUCUUUUUACACUCGUAUUAUUAUGCAUUUUUCCCCCGAUCGACCGUGAGAAGCUUGUUGGCAGUCUAUCCGUCCGACCAACGCUUGCACUGCAGGAGGAUAUAACUGGUCCGUCAGUCGGGGUAACGACAACGUGUCAUAUAACUGGCACCUUAAUC